GCCCAGACUCAUUAGGUAAGAUGGGAAUUGACUCACGGAAGUCAUCGAGUUGCCGCGUUGACGAUCGCUCUGAACGGCUUCAAUUCUUUCCGUUAUAAAGACUCAUUUGUGUGACUCUUAGACUCGCGGAAUAGCGGCGCUUGCCCCUAUUCUCAUUCUCACCAGCAUCCGACAUCGACAUGCUUAUGCGAGGACGAUGGCGUAGUCAAUUCCCCAAACCAUUGGGUUCGCCAUCAUCUCGAUUUGCAUCCAAAGAUUCACCAACCAGACAGAAAGUCAAUUGGUUGCAUAUCAAAAAUUGCCCCUGGACACCAUCUGGCCUUGCGGUCUCUUGCUGUGGCACUCGGGAAUUCUCCGGUUCAGCCUCGUUACAUCAGCAUACUGCAGUGGUAGCCCCGCGGGAUUCAUUCACCCCCACUUGCAGCAGCCCAGAUACCUCUUCGCCCUUUUCUAGUCCUCCUGUAUCAACAUCACCAAAAGCUCAGAAAGUAAAUACCCGGACGAAAUCCAACAUGACGGCCACCAAAAUUGAUGGCACUGCCAUUGCAAAGGCAAUUCGUGCGAGGUUACGUUCAGAAAUCGAGGAGACUCAAAAGACGGAUCCAAGCUACAAGCCCUCCCUCAAGAUCAUCCAAGGUAUGCCCCGCAUUCUUUGGUAUCAAACAUAGUCGCUGAUUCUAGAUUUUUAGUCGGUGAUAGACCCGAUUCUAGUAAGUUGCAAUAACCGGGAGUUUAUAGAUGUCUUGGGCUUAACAAAUCAUAGCUACCUAUGUCCGCAUGAAGUUAAAAGCUGCCCAAGAAGUACAUAUUUCCAGUCCUGUUCCGCCAAAAUGAUACUGACUAAUCCCAGGCCAACAUUGACUGCGAGCUCGUCCAAUUUCCUGAAACUAUCCCCCAAGCCGACCUCCUCGAGACAUUAACCCGCCUCAAUAACGACCCCUCCGUCCACGGCAUCCUCGUCCAACUACCCCUUCCAAACACCAUCUCCGAAAACGCCAUCACUUCCGCGGUAUCAGAUGAAAAAGACGUCGAUGGAUUCGGCACAAACAAUAUAGGCGAACUCGCAAAACGCGGCGGCCACCCCUCAUUCAUUCCAUGUACGCCAAAAGGCGUCAUGGUACUCCUCCAAGAAACGGGUAUUGACCUCAAAGGAAAACACGCUGUUGUUCUUGGCAGAAGUAACAUCGUUGGAAGUCCUGUCAGCUAUCUCCUUAAAGACGCACACGCCACCGUUACUGUGUGUCAUUCGCAUACUGUUGGGAUUGAAAAUAUCGUCAAGCUGGCGGAUGUACUUGUUGCUGCUAUCGGAGUUCCUAAUUUUGUCAAGGGGGAAUGGCUGAAGCCUGGGGCGGUGGUUAUUGAUGUUGGAACCAACUCAAUUGAAGAUUCUACCAAGAAGUCUGGAUGGAGGCUUACUGGUGAUGUAGACUUUGCGUCUGCAUCUGAGGUUGCCUCGUUUAUUACACCAGUCCCAGGUGGAGUUGGACCCAUGACUGUGGCCAUGUUAUUGCAGAAUGUUGUCGACUCGGCUACUGCACAUUCCAAGAAGCAAAAGGCCUGAGUUAUUGUAGCAUUCUAUCACUAUGGUGUUCACU